AUGUCGGAUGACUACCGGCGUUCCCAUGAGUGCCCACAUGUGGUGGAGCAGAAGGUGUUGCAAGACAUCAGGGAUAUGCUGCAAUUGAUGGGAAAAGAUAUAGCAUCAUUCCCUCUUCCAGAGAUUGAUGAAUUGCAUGGCACCCUUAGCGGUGAGGAUAGGGAGAUCAUGGAGGAAUCCACAAAUGAGUUACGUGAUGAUUUUGCUUCUCUAGCGUCCUCCCUAAACAUUGAGCAGAAGUAUGCCUAUGAUGAAAUAUUGUCUGCUAUCGAUAGCGGCAAUGGAGGUGUCUUCUUUAUUGAUGGCCCAGGAGGUACGGGAAAGACUUUCCUGUACAAGGCUCUGCUCUCAAAAGUUCGCUCCCAGGGCAAGAUAGCUGUGGCAACCGCAACAUCAAGUGUAGCUGCCACCAUCAUGCCUGGAGGUAGGAUUGCCCACUCAAGGUUCAAGAUUCCCCUUAGCACUGAAGAAGGUGUUUUAUGUAGCUUUACGAAGGAAAGUGGAACUGCCAAGCUCCUCCAGAUGGCGUCUCUUAUUAUAUGGGAUGAAGCCACCAUGAGAAAGCGUCAAGCAGUUGAAGCGCUUGACAAUAGCAUGCGUGACAUCAUAGGACAACAGGAUCUGCCAUUUGGGGGAAAGACUGUUGUGUUUGGAGGUGACUUUAGGCAAGUGCUUCCCGUUGUGCGGAAGGGAACAAGACCACAGAUAAUAGAUGCCACAUUGCGUAACUCUUACUUAUGGAGUAGCAUGCGGCAAUUCAGGCUUAUCCAUAACAUGAGGGCACAAAGUGAUCCGUGGUUUGCUGAUUUCCUACUGCGCAUUGGGAAUGGUACUGAAGAAACCGACAAUGAUGGUAAUGUACGGCUUCCAGAAGAUAUAUGUGUGCCAUAUACCGGGAAGGACAGUGAUCUUGAUAGGCUGAUCGAACAUGUCUUCCCUGACCUAGACAAGAACCUCACUAAUCCGAAUUACAUUACCUCUCGGGCGAUCUUGACAACCAGGAAUGAUAAUGUUGACAGGAUAAAUAUGAAGAUGAUCGAACGUUUCCCAGGUGAGGAGGUGAUAUAUUAUAGUUUUGAUCGUGCGGCGGACGAUCCCCACAACUACUACCCCUCUGACUUUCUGAACUCACUCACCCCAAAUUGGCUUCCUCCACAUGUUCUCAAGUUAAAGAUUAACUGUCCUAUUAUACUGCUACGGAACAUAGAUCCUGCAAAUGGACUAUGCAACGGUACGAGACUGGUGGUCCGUGGGUUGCAGAAAAAUGCUAUCGACGCUGAAAUAAUAGUAGGACAAUAUUCUGGAAGGAGGGUGUUCCUGCCUCGGAUACCCUUGUGUCCCUCAGAUGAUGAGAUGCUCCCUUUCCGUUUUAAAAGGAAGCAAUUCCCUGUCAGGCUCAGCUUCGCCAUGACAAUCAACAAGGCACAAGGACAGACAAUUCCUAAUGUCGGUGUAUAUUUACCCGAUCCUGUAUACUCUCAUGGUCAGCUAUAUGUUGCAUUGUCUAGAGCUACCUCAAGAAGGAACAUUAAGAUCCUUGCCAUCCCUGACAAGGACAAGAGUGGCCGGACCAAAUCUGCCAAGCCUCCUAGGACGAGCACGCCAAACAUUGUCUACAAGGAAGUCCUUACCUCUUAG